AUGACUGAAGAUGACGAUUUGGACGAUUUGGACGAUCUUCUAGACGAUUUCCAGGAUGAGGUUCUAAGUAAACCGCCUGGAGCAAUGCUACAAGAGGACUCGAAGAAUGCUGGAAGUUUGAAUAAGCAAAAAGUUAAUAGUGAUCCGAAUAAAACUGUGCCUAAUGGAAAAGGUGAUCUGUAUGGCGAAAAGCGUGAUGAUGGCAAAACAGAGAAAGACGGCAAUGGCACAGAAAAGGGAGGGAAAGGAUUUGAAGCACUUCUUAACGAAAUGUCACAGACUGAUCCUGAAUUGUCAGCAGAGCUUCGAAGUUUCAUCAAGGAUAUAUCUGAGGUCGAUAAAGGUAAUUACAGUGGAAAAAGUGCACAAAGCACAUCGGUUGGUGAUAAGGCAGUAUCAGGACUCAAAAAGAAAAACUUCCAGGAGGCAAUAUCGGAAACAGUGCAUCGACUGAAAAGGUCAGGCAGUCAAGUUGACGAAUCAAUUCGGAAUGAAACUAAGAAUGACAACAUGCUUGAAACACUAAUGAAGUCGUUAAGUAUGGAGCCAAGUGCGAAGUCCGGUAAAGAAGGCGACACAGAUGAUAUUAAUUCUCUUCUUGCUGAGAUGUUGGACCAGCUUUCGAGUAAAAGUGUGCUUUAUGAGCCUUUGAACGAUCUCUACUUGAAAUUCGGACCCUGGUUGCAGGAUCCAGCUAAGAAGUUAGAUCCGGAAUAUUCAAAGUACCAAAAGCAAUAUGGUCUUGUGAAGGCACUUGUGCUCAGAUUUCAGCAGCCAACAUAUAAUGACAACAAUGCAGGUGACAAGAAGUUUAUCAACGACAAUUUGGAGAGUCUUCAGGAACUCGGACUGCCUCCAAAAGAAUUGAUGAAUGAUGAUCUUGGAUUCUUGUCGAACAAAAAAGACGGUAACGGACUCAACAACUUGCAAUUCACGGAUGAGGAUAUUCCAGAUGAGGUGGGUAAAGAGUUGGAGGAGACCUGUCAACAGAAGUGA